GCGGUCAGAAAUGCCAGGGCUCGAGCUGGGCCAGUGUGCCGUGGCCCUCUGAGCUCCAGCAGCUUCCUUCUCCAGGGAGGGAAGCAGGGAGGGAGAGCUGGGGGCCUGCCUUCUGCCUCUUGCCAAGCUCCUCAUGGCACAUCCACCCUGAGCCUGCCUGAAUGGGGCAAUGUGCUUAUUAGGUUAGCUUGGGGGAGAUCUCACAGGAGAUGACAGCAGCUUCUCAGCCACGCCCUGGCUGAAGUGUUAAAGUGGGAACUGUGGGGCCUUCAGUGAGGAGCUAUUGGGAAGAUGGGCAGGUUUUUAGGGGAGCUGUUUAUUCCCACUGGGGCAUAUGAGUCCAUGGGGCAAUACUUAUUUACAUUUCCUCGUUUAAAGUGAGAACCUAAAGCUAGACAGAGGACUUUGCCAAAACUUGGGUUCUUUUCUCUUGCAGUUAUCACUGCAAGUCAGUUAUCAUGUGACUUUCAAAAGACAAACUUUACAUAUAUAUGUGUAGUAUUUGGUUGUAGAAUUAAUACAUCAUGAUAGCAAUAAUAAUAGCUGCUCCUCAUCGAACACUGACUUUGUACCAGGCUUUGUGGCAUGUAUUGUAUGUCUCACAUCAGUCCAAGACACGGUUACUGUUUUAUGUGAGUUUUAUGGAUGAAGUAAGGGAGGCUCAGAGAGGUCAAGUAACUUGCUAGUGGUCACACAGCAAGUUGGGAUCUGAACAUGAUGAGCUUUAUAACACAUGGUGUAAAGAAUUCACACGUGGCAGGAAUAUAAUAUCUAGAAAUUGAAUGUCUCCUGUCAUCCUGUAUCUUUGAGAAAUCCACUAUUAAGAGUUUGGUGUUUAUUUAUCUUUCCUGUACAACCACUUCAUUGGAUUUAUACAAUUUUUAUUCUUUAUUUUUACCUUCUGUUCUGUGACUAGCUCUUUCCCUCAAGAGUAAGUCUUGGUUAUUUCUUCACGCCUGUCAGUAUAUAGAGAACUACCUCGUUCUUUUAAACUGCUGCAUGAUCUUCUACUUCAGGGUUUAUCUAACUGAUCCUCUGUAUUGUUUCUGUUUGCAAAGAGAUCCUUAAACAAAUACCUAUGCAUUCAUGCAGCUAUAGCUUGAGCAAUUUCAGGAUAGCACAGGCUCUGUAAUUUUUAAAUGGAUGCAUUUGUUAACAGGUAUUUAUGAAGUGCCUACUCUGUGUUAGGUGCCAGCACACAGCAAAGAAGAGAAAUAGACAAAGCAGUCUAGCAGAGAGGCCAGGAGUAAUCAAAUGAUCACAAAUGUAUGCGCAAACAUUGACAUAGUGGCCGAGGAUGAAGGACCAGAGUUAUCUGGGGGUGUUGCCAAGGCCCCUCCCCGCAAGAAAGAUUGUGCAUGAGGGGGCCACCUUGAAGGGACACAUGCAGAUGGAGGGCAGGAGGGGCUGUGGGAAAUACGUGCCCUUUGUGUUUGUCCUCCCUCGUGUGGCCCCAAGCCGGGUCUGAACAUGGACCCCCUUGUUUGUCGCUUCAGGGACAAUCUUGGGCUUCUGGGUUUUUGUCAGCCCUUCUUAUGUGGUUCAUCUGAAAAUGUAACCGAAUGGUCCUUCUUUUAUCUAUAAGGUCUGCGAGGAAAGCAUGUUUCGGGGACAGUUAAAGAAACUGUUUUUAUGUUAAAGAAACCAUUUCUUAUGACUUGAGCCAUUGGUAAUUAAAUCGGGAGGUGGUCAGAAACCAGCAGCCUUGAGUUGGGCGGAGGCUCUGUUCUUGGAUUUUGAUUAUGGGGUGUUGGGUUGUGGUUGCCGCUGAGUCCUGGGGUCAGCAGGUCUGCUGAGGAUCUAAGAAGCUCCCACCAGCAACCAGUUUCCACAGCUGUGUUCUGGGCCGUUGAAGCUUCAUUCUGUUUAUAGGGGCUUCAAGGUGGGUGGCGGAUGUGGGGCCCAAGUAGGGACCCAGACAGAGUGAGGGGACCCAGUUGGUCCCCUGCCAGCUUCUCAAGCAGUUACAACCUGAGUCGCUCCCUUCGGAGGCUGCAGAAAUUCCCAACCCCCCGGGGGCCUGCCUGCCCAUCCUGUGGCUUGGCCAACAGGCCAGAAAUAGUGUAACCUUUGCUCUGGGCGGCAAAUGGAAACUUCCAGCUGCCCCCGUUGCCGCCACCAGUGACAAGGCUGCUCAUGCUGGUGUGGCAGUUGGUCACAGGGUGGGGAAAAAAUUAAGUCGUGGGAAUUUUCCUAAAUACGAGAGAUUGCUCACCACCCUCCCUUCUCAAGCAGAAAGUAGAGUUGCUGUUUUAAGAAUGAGGAAAUGAAACUCCAGGGAAGGUAAGUAACUUGCCCACAGUCACACUGGUCACCUGAGCCAGGCUUCACACCCAGGCCUUUCCGACCCCAGGCUCUGAACAUUUUUUAAACGUAGCAUUUGUCUUUUUGUUUUGAAUAAGGUGGGCACAAAGACACGCACAAAAGUGUCUGUAAUCUGCCUUGCCAGAUAACUUCUGUUAUCAGAGAUAACAAAGCAGUACAUCAUAGAUGCUUACAAGCUUAAAAAUGCAAAUGCCAAAAAGAUUCAAAAUGGAAUGUAAAGGCUUUCCUUUCUUCCCCCUCUCUCGGUGAAGUUUGUUUUGAUUUCCCCCAAAGUUUAAAUGCUGCAUAUUUCUCCUCUUAGCCCCUGCACCAUCAUCCGACCUCUCAGAGGAAACCAGUGUAUGUUUCCCCAGAUUUUUUUUUUGGAGGCCUCUUUUAUUUCCAUUAUCCUUAAAUGGAAUCGCACUUCACGUGUGGUUCUGCUGCUUGCCUUGGACGUCUUUCUGUGUGAGUUGCAGGUGGUUUUCUCUGCGUGAGAGACUCUUUCUGCCUCUCCCCUCUGUCUCCCCACCAGUUCACUGGCCUGUUCUACCUCAGCCUUCUUUGCCUUGGUUCCUCCUUGACCUAGAGACAGGGUCCUGCGGUCCCGGAUAGCCAUGUUGGGGGGUGGGCCAUGGCCUUUCCCAGCUCAUAUGGACCCGGGUGCCCCCUCCUAGGCAGUCCCAGGCUGGUGCCGUUUGAAGGUGAGGGCAGCUGACAUCAUGGUGGGGGGCGGCGGGCAUUGCCCUGAGACUGCCGUGUGCCUGGUGGGGCUGGACAAGCCUGUGAACGUUGGGGCAGUGCACCUGCAGCGAUCAGACCACUGCAGUGGUGACUCGGGGCUCACAGGUCAGCUGAGUGAGCUUCACCUGAGGGCUUCUAAGUGCCCAGGAACCUUGUUUGCUGGUACAGAGGGCUGGCUGCUGAUGGGGGCCAGGAGAACACACUGCCCCCCUCUUGCUGUGAGAUCUGGGCAUGUUUUCUUCCAGACUCCGGGCCUCGUUGUCUCCACCCACAGCGUGAGGGAUGGGCUGGCCGGGUCUGAGGUCCUCACCAGCUCCGGGAGCGCACCGUCCUCAGGCUCGAGGGGGGUCUCCUCCCCGCCACAGUCCCCCUCCCCCUUCACGUGAGGACUCUGGUUGUGUCUUGGCAGCAGGCCCUGCGGGACAAGGGGUGCGAGAGCAAGAGUCAGGGGGCGAAAGAAGAGAAACUCCUGAAGAGGCAGGCGCCGGCCCCCAGGCGGGGCCGGGAGGCCCAAGAAGCUGGUGGCACCAUGAAUGUUGAGAAAACAGGUGGAACACCUGAAGCAGAAGCUCAUAAGCCAGGCCCAGGAAGUGAGCCGCCUUCGAUCGGAGCUGGGAGGCACCGACUUGGAGAAGCACCGGGACCUGCUGAUAGUGGAGAAUGAGCGACUGAGGCAGGAGAUGCGGCGCUGCGAGGCCGAGCUGCAGGAUAUGCGGGCCAAGCCUGCGGUGCCCUGCACAGGCUGCGAGCACAGCCAGGAGAGCGCCCAGCUCCGCGACAAGCUGUCCCAGCUACAGCUGGAGGUGGCGGAGAACAAAGGCUUGCUGUCAGAGCUGAACCUGGAGGUGCAGCAGAAGACCGACCGGCUGGCCGAGGUGGAGCUGCGGCUCAAGGACUGCCUGGCCGAGAAGGCGCAGGAGGAGGAGCGGCUCAGCCGGCGCCUGCGUGACAGCCACGAGACCAUCGCCAGCCUGCGGGCCCAGUCGCCGCCCGUCAAGUAUGUCAUGAAGACGGUGGAGGUGGAGUCGUCCAAGACCAAGCAGGCCCUCAGUGAGUCCCAGGCCCGGAACCAGCACCUGCAGGAGCAGGUGGCCAUGCAGAGGCAGGUGCUGAAGGAGAUGGAGCAGCAGCUGCAGAGCUCGCAUCAGCUGACUGCACAGCUCCGGGCGCAGAUCACCAUGUACGAGUCGGAGCUGGAGCGGGCACACGGGCAGAUGCUGGAGGAGAUGCAGUCCCUGGAGGAGGACAAGAACCGGGCCAUCGAGGAGGCCUUUGCCAGAGCCCAGGUGGAGAUGAAGGCUGUGCACGAGAACCUGGCAGGUGUCCGGACCAACCUGCUGACGCUGCAGCCAGCACUUCGGACCCUGACCAACGACUACAAUGGGCUCAAGCGUCAGGUGCGCGGCUUCCCGCUGCUGCUGCAGGAGGCUCUCAAGAGUGUCAAGGCCGAGAUCGGCCAGGCCAUCGACGAGGUCAACAGCAACAACCAGGAGCUGCUGCGCAAGUACCGCCGGGAGCUGCAGCUGCGCAAGAAGUGCCACAAUGAGCUCGUGCGGCUGAAAGGGAACAUCCGGGUGAUCGCCCGUGUCCGGCCAGUCACCAAAGAGGAUGGGGAAGGACCUGAGGCGACCAAUGCUGUGACCUUUGAUCCCGACGACGACUCCAUCAUUCACUUGCUGCACAAAGGAAAGCCCGUCUCCUUUGAGCUGGACAAAGUCUUCUCCCCGAAAGCCUCACAGCAGGACGUGUUCCAGGAGGUGCAGGCCCUGAUCACCUCCUGCAUCGACGGCUUCAACGUCUGCAUCUUCGCCUAUGGCCAGACGGGUGCUGGCAAGACAUACACGAUGGAGGGGACCCUCGAGAACCCAGGCAUCAACCAGCGGGCCCUGCAGCUGCUCUUCUCCGAGGUGCAGGAGAAGGCGUCUGACUGGGAGUACACCAUCACCGUCAGCGCGGCCGAGAUCUACAACGAGGUCCUCAGGGACCUGCUGGGGCAGGAGCCCCAGGAGAAACUGGAGAUCCGCCUGUGUCCUGACGGCAGCGGGCAGCUGUACGUGCCAGGGCUGACGGAGUUCCAGGUGCAGAGCGUGGAGGACAUCAACAAGGUGUUCGAGUUCGGCCACACCAACCGCACCACGGAGUUCACCAACCUGAACGAGCACAGCUCGCGCUCGCAUGCCCUGCUCAUUGUGACGGUGCACGGCGUGGACGGCAGCACCGGUCUCCGCACCACGGGGAAGCUGAACCUGGUGGACUUGGCCGGCUCAGAGCGCGUGGGCAAGUCGGGGGCUGAGGGCAGCCGCCUGCGGGAGGCACAGCACAUCAACAAGUCACUGUCGGCCCUGGGGGACGUCAUUGCUGCCCUGCGUUCCCGCCAGGGCCACGUGCCCUUCCGCAACUCCAAGCUCACCUACCUGCUGCAGGACUCGCUCAGCGGGGACAGCAAGACCCUCAUGGUGGUGCAGGUGUCCCCCGUGGAGAAGAACACCAGUGAGACGCUCUAUUCCCUCAAGUUUGCUGAGAGGGUGCGCUCCGUGGAGCUAGGCCCCGGGUCCCGCAGGGCAGAGCUCGUGUCCUGGUCCAGCCAGGAGCAUCUAGAGUGGGAGCCAGCUUGCCAGACGCCACAGCCCUCAGCACGAGCCCACUCGGCCCCUGGCUCUGGGACCACUAGCCGCCCAGGGUCCAUCAGGAGGAAGCUGCAGCCCUCGGGGAAGUCGAGGCCGUUGCCUGUGUGAUGGACAUGCCCACUCUGCCAGACGAGGGACCGGGUCCUGACGCCUGCCUGGCCUGUUCCUGCUGCAGCGCCUGGAGCCCGCAAGGCAGAGGCCAGAGUGGAGGCUCCUCGUUCGCCCGUCUCCCCUCAGAGAUAAGAAACACGCUCAGAAGGAAAUGGUGUCUCGGCUGUGGCUCUGGGCGCAGGUGGCAUGGGCUGGCCCAGCCCUCCCCAGCCUGCAGGGCCCCUCCCUAGUGGGUGGGCUGAGGAGCUUCCAGAAGGCACAGGAACAGUGGGAACUGGGCGGUUGGUGGGCAGCCCUGCCCCACUCUUCCCUGGCUCCCAGGGAGGAGAGUGUCUCACUGGGCGUGUAUAUAGUGUUCCUAGGUGUACACAGGAGCACGGCCCUUGCCGCCGCGGGCCGGGCUGUAUUUAUGGCCGGCAGGAGGCCAGUGGGUGGGGAUCUUGCUGCUCCCCCUCAUGUGCCUGGCACCAGGCUAUCGCCUUGCCCACUGGCCUCUUGACAUUUUCCUCCCUCUGAAAUCCUAUUUAAGAACUUUUGGAAGCUUAGCCAUUUUUACUUAUUAAAAUAACCUUUUUACACAA